AUGAGACAGAGGAGACAGGAGAAGAGAGAGGAAGAAACAGAGGAGGAGAGAGAGGAAGAAACAGAGGAGGAGAGAGAGGAAGAGACAGAGGAGGAGAGAGAGGAAGAGAGAGAGAGGAAGAGACAGAGGAGGAGAGAGAGAGGAAGAGACAGAAGAGGAGACAGAGGAGGAGAGAGAGAGAGGAAGAGACAGAGAGGAGACAGAGGAGGAGAGAGAGAGAGGAAGAGACAGAGAGGAGACAGAGGAGGAGAGAGAGGAGGAGAGAGAGAGGAAGAGACAGAAGAUGAGACAGAGGAGACAGGAGAAGAGAGAGGAAGAAACAGAGGAGGAGAGAGAGGAAGAAACAGAGGAGGAGACAGAAGAGGAGACAGAGAGGGAGACAGAGGAGAAGAGAGAGGAAGAAACAGAGGAGGAGAGAGAGGAAGAGACAGAGGAGGAGAGAGAGGAAGAGAGAGAGAGGAAGAGACAGAGGAGGAGAGAGAGGAAGAGACAGAAGAGGAGACAGAGGAGGAGAGAGAGAGAGAGGAAGAGACAGAGAGGAGACAGAGGAGGAGGAGAGAGAGAGGAAGAGACAGAGGAGACAGGAGAAGAGAGAGGAAGAAACAGAGGAGGAGACAGAAGAGGAGACAGAGGAGGAGAGAAUAUCAAAAUCAUAACUAG